AUGGGCUACACCGGAUCGUCAGGAUUUCCCUACGACAACAACAUGUUCCCAACGCCUUUUCUUUCCACGCCUUACUCCGACUUUGAUACAUCUCCUGGUCAAAGCCGCCAGUCACAAUUCUCGUUCAACACUCUGACCUUGCCGGACCCAAGCACCGACCCCUUACUCGCCGCCAUGCAGCCUCCGACUCCUAGGCCCGCUCCCGAAAUAGACAUGGCGUCCAUGUACCCCAUGGGCACCCGGUAUGCUCAUGGCAGGUCUUUCACCAACCCCGACGGUCGGAACAACAACUGCGUCGCAACCGCUCUCGCUCGUAUGGAGGGCUACGAGAACGCCGACCAGUUCCAGGAGGACAUGAUAGGAUGGCGCUUCGGCGACCCUCAAUUCGGACAAGGACGGGGAAUGUCACCUGACGACGUGGAUAUCUUCCGAACCGAGACGGGGCGGCAAUUUAAGAAGGAGACGUUCACUCCCACGGCCACCCAGUCUGCCUACGACGUUAUGAAAGCCUCGUUCAAUCCCAUCGGGCCCGAGUCUUUGCUAGACUACACCCAGCCAGGAGGCAUGGGCCACGCUGUCAACAUGUAUCACGACCUUGACAGGGGAACUUCGACUAUCGAGGACUUUCAACGGAGCAACUUUGGCGAGCGGAUGGAGCAGCAUGUGCAGCAUGCAACCAAGAUCGACAUUUGGUCUCCACUUCCCGAAACGACGGCGGAGGAACUCGAGUUGGCGAGAGAGAGAAGGAUCAGAAAGGAUCAACUCUGUCGUGAGGGCAAGCAGAGUGUUAGUGAAUGGAGAGCCGAAAGGGGCAACGCCUUGCCGGGUUUUGAGCCGCUUUAUCAUGAUGUACACAGGGGGCGGCGAUGGUAG